CAGGGAUGGGGAGGGUCAGGAAGAGUCCUGGUUGAGCCUUUGCAUCAGGGCCCAGGCUGAGCAUAAAAGGAGGGCCCCUCAGGCUGGGAGGAGGCAGUUUAGGGACCAUGGAGACCCAGAGGGCCAGCCUCUCCCUGGGACGGUGGUCACUGUGGCUACUGCUGCUGGGACUAGUGCUGCCCUCGGCCAGUGCCCAGGACUUCAGCUACAGGGAGGCCGUGCUUCGUGCUGUGGAUCAGUUCAAUGAGAAGUCCUCAGAAGCUAAUCUCUUCCGCCUCCUGGAGCUGGACCCGCCUCCCAAGGACGUGGAGGUCCCGGGAGCUCGAAAGCCUGUGAGCUUCAGGGUGAAGGAGACCGUGUGCCCCAGGACGACCCAGCAGCCCGCGGAGCAGUGUGACUUCAAGGAGAAUGGGCUGGUGAAACAGUGUGUGGGGACAGUCACCUGGUACUGGAUCAGGGGUGAUUUCGACAUCACCUGUAAUGACAUUCAGAGCGUGGGGCUAUUCAGACGGCUGUGGGACUCAGUCCGGAGAGGUGGGCAGAAAAUUCUCGAAAAAGCACGGAGAAUUGGCGAGAAAAUCAGAGAUAUCUUCACGGGAUGAAGUCCUUAGGAUCAGGUUAUCCUGGCUCAGACUUCUGGACUCUGAAAAAUAAAUUCUUCUAAAAACAA